AUGGCCGCCGCGUUGGCAGACACCCCCGUCUCCUACGAGGACCUCGCCGACAUCGAGCGCGACUUUGACGAUGCUGAGACGGAAAUCAUCCGUCAACAAGUCUCCCUCACUCAACCCCUCUACGACCGACGCGACAAGACCACCUCCCAGAUCCCCAACUUCUGGCCGCUCGUCCUCGAGCAAGCUCCCCCAGACAUCGAUCAAUACAUCCAGCCAUCCGACUCUGCGCUCCUCCUCUCCUCCCUCGUCAACCUCUCCGUCAGCCACUUCGAGAUCUCGACGCCCGGCGGCGACCCGCGCAGCGUCGCGAUCCGCUUCACCUUCUCGGCCAACGAGUACUUCGAGGAUACCGUGCUGGAGAAGCGGUUCUGGUACCGGCGGGCGCGCGACGGCUGGUCGGGGCUCGUCAGCGAGCCCGUGCCCAUCCGCUGGAAGAAGGACCGCGAUCUGACGGGCGGCCUGCUGGACCUGGUGUGCCGGGCGUGGGAGGCGGGGCCGGUGGCGGGCGGGCUGUCGCCGGAGCAGCGCGCGCUGAAGAAGAAGAUUGAGAAUACGGGCAUGGGCGGCUUGUCGUUCUUCGCCUGGUUCGGCUUCAUCGGGCGGCGGGUGAGCGCGGAGGAGAGCGCCGAGGCGACGCGGUUGGAGCGUGAAGCCAGAGGGGAACGCAAGGCGGACAAGGCGCUGGAGAGUACGGGUGAACAAGAGCAAGCUCAAGAUCAAGAAGAAGAAGAAGAAGCGGAAGACGAUCCGGGCAUGUCCCUCGAGAUUUUCCCUGACGGCGACGAUCUCGCCAUCGCCAUCACGGAGGAUCUGUGGCCCGGGGCUAUCAAGUAUUUCACACAAGCACAAGAACAAGACGUCCUCUCAGACGCCGACUUCGAGUCCUCCGAAGAAGACGAGCCUCUCGAAGACGCUCGUUCCUCCGUCGAGAGUGACGGGCGCCCUAGCAAGAAACAGCGCUCUUCGUGA